AUGUACAUAUAUAAGAUUUUUUGUAAGAAAAAUGUUUGCUUGCUUUUAUUUGUACUACUUUUGCAAAUAACUAUUGUAGACUGCAAAGAAGAGAAAAACGUAAAAUUUUCAGUUGCUAACAUAUGGCCGAUUAAGGGAAAAGAAGGGGGAGGAACAUAUAUCAAUGAUGUAACGAUUAGUAGUAGUGAUAGUGGAAGUAGUUAUAGGAGUGGUAGUAGUAACAAGGACAGCACAGACAGCGAUAAGGCGCCCGUGCUCGCUUUAGACAACAAUAAUCAGAAGAAGCCCAUAAAAGAAGGGGGAAUUUCCCGCAAAAAGGAAAAACAAACAAUUCAGAACAAGUCCAGUGAAACAGCCAAUAAUACUCAAAUAACUCACCACAAAAAAAGCAUAAAUGAAGGGGUUUCAAGUGAGCCAGUAAAAGGAGAACCCUUAAAAAAAGACCUAGUAAUGGAGGUAAAAAAAGGCCCAGUAAUGGAGGUAAAAAAAGGCCUAGGAAUAGAAUCAAAAAAAGACGCAAUAAUAGAAUCAAAAAAAGAUGCAAUAAUAGAAUCAAAAAAAGACGCAAUAAUAGAAUCAAAAAAAGAUGCAAUAAUAAAGCAAAAAAGAUGCAAUAAUAAAAGCAAAAAAAGAUGCAAUAAUAGAAUCAAAAAAAGAUGCAAUAAUAGAAUCAAAAAAAGACGCAAUAAUAGAAUCAAAAAAAGAUGCAAUAAUAAAAGCAAAAAAAGAUGCAAUAAUAAAAGCAAAAAAAGAUGCAAUAAUAGAAUCAAAAAAAGAUGCAAUAAUAAAAGCAAAAAAAGAUGCAGUAAUAAAAGCAAUCAUAGACGCAAAAAUAAGCGCAAAAAAGGAUCAACAAAAAGACUUAAAAAAAAAAGUUCAUUUUUCCAAAUAAUUAAAGGUAUUUUUUCAAAAAAAAAAGAAAAAGAAACACCAAAAACGUUAAUGGAAUAUAUCAGAUAUAAAAAUGAAAGAUUAUUAAAAUUAGAAUUAGAAAGAGGGCGUAAAGAUACAAUAAAAGGUAUUUAUAAAAAAUUAUUUCUGACAACCACUCUUUUAUUAUUUUAUAUAACUCUACUACCUGUGCUCGUUUAUUUAUAUUCAUCAUAUAAAUGUAGAGAAGCCAUAAUGCAACAAUAUAAUAACAACCCCGAUAGAAGAAUUGUACCAACUAACUACGAUUUUGGAGGAGAUGAACCUACUGUGAAAAUUGGAGGUGUACGUUUAACUAAGUGCAGGCACUAUGUUACUAGUGGAAAAAAGGGGUUUUCUUUUAUCCUUGGAAGGCACAAAGGACAAUCUUACGGUAAUUACUUAGCUAUAACUAUAUUUAAAAGUUUUUUAAAUGAUGAAAAGUUAAAACUUGUUCAAAUUAUAUAUCAUCAAAAUUUAAGAAAAAUUAGAAUUUCCAAUGUGUGCAAUUAUGAAAUGGUAAGGAAGUACCAUUCCUGUGAUAGCCAUAAAGAAAAGAAGAAAAGAAAGAAAAAACGAAGCAAUGGAACAGACGUCACAUAG